AUGCAUUCUGGAGCUGCUGCUACUGCUGCUUUUGCAAUUAUUGCAUUUUUCUUAUUAGUUCCAGCAUUUGCAUGGCAUAUUAAAUCCAGAAACAUCCCAGCUAUUUUAUUAGUACUUUGGUUAAUGCUUAAAAAUUUUAUUGGAUUUGUUAAUACAAUGAUAUGGAGUGGUGAAAAUUUUACCGAAGUUUAUGAUGGUCAAGGAUGGUGUGAUAUAACAUUAAAAUUAGAAGCUGGUUCUUCUGUUGGUAAAUUAUGUGCUAUUACAUGUAUAUCAAUGAAUUUAUAUUUUAUAUUAUGUGCUAAAAAUCCACUGUUUAUGGACCCAAGAAGUUGGAAGAAAAUAUUAAUUGAUUUGUCAGUAUGUCUUAUUACUCCGAUUUUUAUUAUGGCUACUCAGUAUAUUAUACAAUCUAAAAGAUAUUAUAUUACAAAAUAUAAUGGAUGUAUGACUGUUUAUUCUGGUACUAAUGCUACAAUUGGAUUAUAUUUAGUUUGGCCAGUUAUAUGGAGUAUAGUUGCAUUAAUAUUUGCCUUGAUGACAUUAUACAAAUAUUUUGAAAAAAGAAAAGAUGUUAAAGAUUUAUUAAAAUGUACAAAUUCAGGAUUAAACUUAAAAAGAUUUGCAAGAUUAUUAAUUUUUAAUUUUUUAAUUGUAUUUGCAAUGACUCCAUUAGCUAUAUUGUAUUUUGCUCAAGAACAUGAUUUUAAUAAAUAUAAAUUUAGUUGGUCAAAAGUUCAUAACUCAACUUGGGGUGAAGUUCAAUAUAUUGAUGCUGGAUUUUUCACAUUAGCUGAUAGAAUAGUUAAUAUCAGUUUAUCAAUCAUUGCAUUCCUUUUAUUUGGAUUAGGUAAAGAUGCAUUAUCAAUGUAUAAGUCAUUUUUCAGAAAAUUACAUUUGGUCAAAGGAAACAACGACAACAAUCAAGAAAAAUUGAUAUAUAGUAAUGGUACAUUAUCGAAACAAACAACAUUUCAAACAUCAACACCAACAAAAUUAUUAUCGAAUAAAUCUCAAUUCAGCGGUAGUACAAAUUAUAGUCAACCAACAAUGAGAGAAUUUAAUGAAUUUGGUGAUGUUAUAAAUGAAUUAGGUUUGGGUAAUGAUAUGGAAUUAUCUGGUAACAACUCUUCUAUAAAUUCUCAAUCUAAAACUGAGUUAUUAAAGGGUGAUGAUGAAUUAAAAAUUGGAUAUAUUGAUAUCGAUGAUUCUAAUUUAGAUGAUGAUAUAGUAUACACUUAUGAAGUUAAACAAAAGAAAUAA